AUGUACGAGAAUAUUAUUUUCGACAUAUUCGGUCCGACCAAGGACUGGAAGAAACAGGUCAUCGUCGAAAAGCCCAGACCAAACCUGGGUGAUCUUCCAUUGGAGAUCAUCGAUGAAAUACGUGUGUAUCUCGAGCCCCUUGAUAUUCUCUGCCUUGCUGUCUGCAAUAAGUGGCUUUUCUCCUCUUUCCCCGUCAUCCAAUUCUACAACUUCAACUUCGACGAAUACUUCCUCUUCGAGUUCCUGGUUCGACUCGACAAAACCGAGCCGCGUAACUACCUGUGCCACAGCUGCAAACGUUUGCACAGCGCCAUCAGCGUCCCAUUGCCAGGACCAACCAAAAGACCACCCAACUGCCAUGGCAUUCCGGCCUCGGGCACUACCUACUCGGGCUACCACCAUCUCUACAUGGACCAGACUCUCCGUUUCUGCCACUACCCGAGCUACACGCCCUACCAGUUCUCUUUCGUUCACCUUCAGCUAGCAAUGCGUAGCUUCAAGCACGGCGAUAACUUCGGUAUCCCCGUCGAGUGCCUCGGCUACACAGAGAUAGCAAUCUGUCCCGUCGCAGAAACAACAAACAACCCCCUGACCCCCUCUCAACACACCCAGCGCCUUAAAGAAUUAACCCUUCACGAAGAGACACGACCCAACUCUGUCAAUGUUCUCUUCUCUGUCGAUGCCCGUAUCUGUGCCAAGAACCCUCAUGCUCCGACUCUAUGCCUGCGCACACAGGAACUGGCCAUGGCCUGCCGCCAGAAAGUGUGGUUAAUCAGUCCGGACCUGUGGACUGACUGGGUCCGAAUCUGUUGGCACAUUAGCACAGCUGGGUUUGAGUCUCAGGAUAGUCACGGCAUUCGGCAUGAAAUCCGCGAGCUGCUGAGAUUGUUUCAACUGGGAGAACGGCCGGAGAAAUUGUUUCUGCAGGGACGCUGCAAGAAAUGCAACACGUCGUGGAAGAUUCAGGUUCGAGAGUUUGGGCCGAACGAUGUCUGUCUCGUUGUUACUCGAUGGAUUAAUCUGGGCUCGGGAAGGACGCCCAAGGAUUUGGUGUGGAGGUCGCUUGUUGAGUCGAAGCCUCUGUUACCGUCCGAGAUGAUGACGGAUGAUCCACGAAUGCAGUUUGAGCGGGAUUCUGUGCAGGCGCGCUCGGAGGAUGCGCUGUCUGAUGAAGGCUUGUUCUGGAAGAACGCGGACAUUUUACAAGAGAAGGGAUACCGGCACCUGAUGACUGAGGUGGGUGUUGGGAGAUGGUAUGCUCCUUUCGGGGCGCAAUUCUUGAUUAAGGAAUUGGAACGGAAGAAGAACAAUAAUUCCGGGGCCAGUUCUGAUUGCAACAUUGUUUGA